CACACUCGCGCUCGGGCGCACACGGAUCAGGCACCGGCUCCCGGAGCGAGCCAGCGAACGGCGAGCCGGGGACCCACAGGGCUGAGCCAGCCGAGCAGCCAGCGASCGGAGCCCGCGACGACCCACGCCCCCGAGCCACGCAGCCGCCCCCCGCCGGCCGGUGUCCCCGCUGCCCUCCUUGACCCAUGGCGCUGAAGCGGAUUCAGAAAGAAUUAAGUGAUCUACAACGUGAUCCGCCGGCUCACUGUUCAGCUGGACCUGUGGGAGAUGACUUGUUCCACUGGCAAGCAACUAUUAUGGGGCCUCCUGAUAGCGCAUAUCAAGGUGGCGUCUUCUUUCUCACUGUACAUUUUCCGACAGACUAUCCUUUUAAACCACCAAAGAUUGCUUUCACAACAAAAAUUUACCAUCCAAAUAUAAACAGUAAUGGAAGUAUUUGUCUUGAUAUCCUGAGGUCACAAUGGUCACCAGCUUUGACUGUAUCAAAAGUUUUAUUGUCCAUAUGUUCUCUACUUUGUGAUCCUAAUCCUGAUGACCCCUUAGUUCCAGAUAUUGCACAAAUCUAUAAAUCAGACAAAGAAAAAUACAACAGACAUGCAAGAGAAUGGACUCAGAAAUAUGCAAUGUAAAAUCAAAAAAACUUUCAUAUAUACCAGAGUACUGUAAAAUCUAGGUUUUUUUCAACAUUAGCAGUAAAUUGAGCACUGUUUACUGUUUCAUUGUACCAUGAAACCCUUUGAUUUUAACCCAUUUUAAAUGUGUUUCUGAAGCAAGACAAAACAAACUUCCAAAAAUACCCUUAAGACUGUGAUGAGAGCAUUUAUCAUUUUGUAUGCAUUGAGAAAGACAUUUAUUAUGGUUUUUAAGAUACUUGGACAUCUGCAUCUUCAGCUUACAAGAUCUACAAUGCAGCUAAAAAGCAACCAAAUUAUUUUUUGCUGAAACUAGAUGUUUUUACAUGAGAAAUACUGUAUGUGUUGUCUAAGAUGUCGUCACUUUUAUAAAUCUGUAUUCAGAUUUCAUUCUUUGUUAGCUCACUUUAUAAUUUGUAUUUUUUUACUGUAUAGACUAAAUAUAUUCUAUUUACAUGUAUGUCAGCUCAUUACUUUUUUCCUGUGAACA